AUUUUAACAAGGUAGAAAAUCGCACCUUCAAGCAAGCAUGCAUGGCCGCCGGGGGAGUAUGUUUUUGUACGGCCUUGUUCAUAUUCCUGUACCAUUCGGCCACCAUUAUAGGCAUGCGAAUGGGUAUGAGAUUACGCGCCGCCUCCUCUACUCUUAUUUAUAAGAAGUCGCUUAAACUGAGCCGGGCAUCUCUGGCCAAAACCACAGUGGGCCACAUUGUGAACCUAAUGUCCAAUGAUGUCAGUCGAUUUGAUGAGUUUUCAAUAAAUGUCUGCUAUUUACUCGUAGCGCCCAUACAGACUGGGAUCACCGUAUAUAUCAUAUAUACGGAAAUCAGUUACUAUUGCUUCGUAGGUUUGGCCCUUUUAUUGCUGUUUAUACUGUUUCAGGCACUUAUGGGCAAACUUUUCUCGAAAGUCAGGCUAAUGACCGCUCAGUUAACGGACAGUCGACUGCGGCUCAUGAAUGAGAUUAUAUCGGGGAUGCGAGUCAUC